GCAGAGCGGGUGCGGGGAACGGUUUUCAAGACGGUGGCCUUGGCCUGUCUCUGCACCGUCCGCGGGGUUUUCUUACUUGUGUUCCCUUACCAAUUCAUGCAGUACAAAAUGAGUGUGCAGCUGUAUGUUUCUUAUUCCAAUAUGUAAUGAAACGGGAAUAGGAGCCCGCUGUUGACAACUACGAAGCGUGUGCGUGUAUGCGCAGCUUGUGGUCAGAGUAAACGUUUCGGUGAAAUUCUCACCAACUGAAAUAUUUCAGCUGCAUGAAAAGUUCCUUUUCAUUCAGGGUCUGAAAAAUGUUAUCGUACAUAAUUUGAGAAGUACUGGGGUGAUGGACUAGCAUGUGCUCUUUUAUUUCCCCAUGCACUCCCUAAGUACGAUGGUGAGCAAAUGCCUAAAGAUUUGCAUGAUGACCAUGCUGAUCUGUCUUUUCAGACAGGCCUGAGAGGUACCCUUCAGAACUGCAACUGGAAAACACAGCUGAAAUCCAGUAGUACUCUGCCUGUCUCUCUGACUGAAAUAAAAAGCAGCAUGCUCACUUUGAAGAGACUUUUCAGCACUUCACACCCAUCAGUGGAUUUAAAGGAAAUGAAAAAAUUCCAGCGUCUUGCGCAUAAGUGGUGGGAUGAAGAAGGAGAAUAUUCAGCCCUUCAUUCUAUGAAUGAUAUUAGAGUGCCAUUUAUUAGAGAUACUCUGUUGAACAUGAGUAGUAAUUAUCAUCUGGGAAAUCCACUUUCUGGAGUAAAGAUUCUCGAUGUUGGCUGUGGCGGUGGACUGCUAAGUGAGCCUUUAGGUAGACUGGGAGCUUCGGUUACUGGAAUUGAUCCUCUGGAGGACAACAUUAGAACAGCAGAUCAGCACAAGUCAUUUGAUCCGGUCCUGGCCAAGAGAAUACAGUACAAGUCCAGUUCACUGGAGGAGAUUGUGGAAGAGUCUAUGGAAACCUUUGAUGUAAUUGUAGCUUCUGAAGUAGUGGAGCAUGUGGCUGACCUUGAAAUGUUUAUCAAGUGUUGCUCUCGGGUGUUAAAGCCUGAAGGUUCUUUAUUCAUUACUACAAUCAAUAAGACACAGUUGUCCUAUGUCCUGGGAAUUGUGGUUGCAGAAAAAAUAAUGGGCAUUGUACCAGAAGGAACACAUGAGUGGGAGAAGUUUGUUCCCCCAGAAGAGCUGGAGCGCCUCCUGGAAUCAAAUGGCUUGUCAGUCAAGACUGUGAAUGGGAUGUUGUAUAAUCCCCUCUCGGGGUCGUGGAGCUGGAUGGAAAGCACGAGUGUUAACUAUGCAAUGCAUGCUGUGAAGUCUGGGCUUCAGGGACAGUCAAGCCCAACAGACGUCCCGUCAGAGAUGGAAAGUGAACAGCCCUCAGCCACAGCUGGUACUACCAUGUGACUGUCUGAGAUGCGUGGUGACGGACUGUCACCAGAACAGAAAAGAAGGUUUUACCCAGAUGGACAUAAUAAAACCUUUUGUAACAACAAGCUUGCUGUUUGCAUUAAUAAUGCUUAUGCUAUUUUUGGCCAAAUAUUUUAGGGCAGUCUCAGAAAAAAACAAGUGCCCAUUAUCUCAGGAAUCUUUUAAGAUUGAAAUGAGAAAAGCUUUUAAAGAGUAAGUAUUUUUAUAAGAAAGUAGUUUCAAAUUGUUGGACAGGGAAAUGCAAAUUAUUCUGUCAGUAGCUUGGAGGAAGCUCUUAUAUAUGAUGGCAUUUUCAGUCCUACCAGGAAAACAGAUCUCCACAGAAUAAUUGCUUAAAUGUAGAAUGAGCUAAAAAACACAAUGAUGUAUGAUAAAUAAAAUACCUUAGGUAUUUAAGUUACUCAACUUAGUUAAAAUACAUGAAACACUUAAAAACCACAAACACUUGUUUCUAAAAAAGAAAGAGCAGCAAACCUUUUCUGUCGGGUCAUGCUAUUUCUACAGCUGACGUGAGCUAACUGUGCAGCAGAAGUGUCUCCUAGACCAGAGUGCCUCAGCUGUCGGAAGCCUCUUCACCGUAAAGGUACUUGUAUCUGUGCCUAUUAUUCCAAAUUUCUCCCUCUGCCCAAAUAAAGGGAAGUAACGUUGCAGGUAAAAUUUUACUAAUCGACCAGAGCUUUAUGCUAGAAAAAGGAUACAUUAGCAGUCUGUCCUAGAAUUGAAGUGCCAUACUUACUCAGUCUUAAAGUCCUAGUGCCAGGGUAAGGAAAAGUGUUGAUUCACAACGAAAUAGAACUUUCUAAAUAAAAUGUCUUGGAUGUGUC